AUGACGAGGAACCGAAAUCCGCAGCAGCAGCAGCAGGAGCGAUCGCCGCCCGUUCCGCACGCCGCGCUACGGGGUUCGGUUCCUUGUCCCAGUGCUCGGAGGGAAGGGGGGAUACAGGGCUACAUGGGUGUGGGGGGAGCACCUAUGGAUGCUUUAGGUAUACGGGCACAAGCGAAGCAGAAAUUUGAUGGAUUUCUCUCUUCCCUUGAUGGUAUAGGAGUGGGGUUUGCAACUCGGCAGGUGGGGAAUGUAACUAAACCCACUGUGAUUAUCAGCAGCGAGGGGGACAAAGUAGUGAUCAGGACUCAAAGCACUUUCAAAAACACAGAAAUCAGCUUUAAACUUGGAGAGGAAUUUGACGAAACCACCCCCGAUGACAGGAACUGCAAAUCAGUUGUGAGCCUGGAUGGAGACAAGCUAGUGCACAUACAGAAGUGGGACGGCAAAGAGACAAACUUUGUGAGAGAAAUAAAGGAUGGCAAAAUGGUAAUGACUCUCACCUUUGGUGAUGUGGUUGCUGUUCGCCAUUAUGAGAAAGCGUAGAGUUUACCUGACCUCUGUCCAGAUGUUACUUCUGCUGGAUGGAUUAAUGUACCGUCCGUAGUCAAAUGUAGCUAAAAUGCACAUUUCUGGCAUGAAAGGUUAAUAAAGAGUUUUAGGGGGUGUUUUCUUUUUUUUUUAAAAAAAAACUUUAUGCCAUCAAAUUGGCAAGCUUGUGCUGUAUAGUGAAACAGGUUAAACUUGGCAUUAAAUUUCGGAAACAUUUGCUUCUCUUUUUUUACAGUAAAUGGAACAUAUUUGAAUUGUUUUGAAAUGCAGAUCAAACAGAAAUUAAAAAGUUUUUUAAACCUGUG